ACCCCACCUCAUGACUCGCAAGGCUGGGCCACCAGACAGCUGCUGCCUGCAAAAUGCACUCACGCACAAAGGCCGUCCCGCCCCUCGCGCACCACCAUAAAAGCCGGACCAGCGCCUCUCUCCCACACACUCUUCUCUGCACACCUUUUCCUCCACGCUCAACAAGGCACCCUCCACUCCACAACCAUGGCCUGCUACGACCUCUGCAGCCCCUGCGCACCCGCCCCGCUGGCCAACAGCUGCAACGAGCCCUGCGUAAGGAAGUGCCAGGACUCCACCGUCGUCAUCCAGCCUUCCACCGUGCAGGUCACCCUGCCAGGACCCAUCCUCACCUCCUUCCCCCAGAGCACUGUGGUCGGAUCCUCCGCAUCGGCUGCCGUGGGCAGCGAACUCAGCUACCAGGGAGUGCCCGUUGCCAAUGGGGCCUUCGGCUAUGGCUACGGCUACGGCUUGGGAGGCCUGGGCUGCUAUGGUGGCAGAGGUCUGGGCUGGUUCGGUGGCAGGAGAGGCGGCUACACCUGCUAAGGCCUCUUACCAACACCUCUGACACCGACCACCCACACCCUGGGAGCCACACCAUGCCUUGACCAUGCACCUCCUUGAACCUCAGACUGGCUCCCUUCCACCUGCCGCUUCUGCCUUCUCCAUUUCCGCCCCCAUCUAAUAAAGUUUUCCUGCAUCCCAGCCUGAAAAGCCUCCUCUGCUUUCUUCUCCCAAGGUUCUUCCAAGCCCACCCAGCACAAAGACAGGCCUACCGUGGCCAUUGCACUGGGUGCAAAGAGGUUACAAGCUCCUCCUAGGCUCUACGGCCCCAGACACAACAACAACACAGGGACACUUCCAGAACACCACACAAGCCCUUCACUCGCCCAGACACAGCUUGCCCAUGCUAAGGCAACACUCUCCAGACCUCUGAUGACAGCUCCCCACCAAAGCACACACUUGACUCUCUUCCCCAGCAUCACUCUAUGGCCACCACAGCAAACACAUCACAGAAUCACAGAAUGCUUGCGUUGGAAGAGAUCUUUGCACAUCACCCAGUCCAACCCUCCUGCUGAAGCACACUCAUCUCCAGCAGCUUGCACAGCAUGUGUCCAGAUGGCAUGUGAAUGUCUCCAGAGAAGGAGACUCUACUCCCUCCCCACGCAGCCUCUUUUAGUGCACUGACACUCUCACAAGAAAAGCUUUUCGACGUCUUCACGUGGAACUUCCCGAGUUCCAGUUUGUACCCGUUGCCUCUUGUCCUGUCGUUGGGCACCACUGAAAAUGCUCUGGCCCCAUCCUCUUGGCCUCUGCCCUGGGGAUAUUGAGAAGCAUUGAUAUGAGCCCCUCGUCCUUCUCUUCUCCAGCAGAAACACACCCAGGUCUCUCAGCCCCUCCUCAGAAGAGAGAAACUCCAGUCCCCUCAUCUCCUUGGCCUCUGCUGCCGUUUCUCCAGUGCUUCCUUUUCUUUCCA